CUCAAGUCUCACCUCAUUUCCCUCCCUCCAUCCUCCUCACCCUCCCACCCCCCAUUGCCUCCCCUCGCCACGACCAUGCGACCCGACGGCCCCCGCGAUCCCGUCGCAGGGUCUGAUGACGGGCCCUCCGCCCCCUAUCCCAUCCGCCUCUCCGGGCCGGUCAUCAAAGGGUUUGGGCGGGGCAGCAAAGAGUUGGGCAUCCCCACCGCCAACAUCCCCGCGGAAGGGCUGGACGAGUACCCGGAUCUGUCGGUGGGCGUGUACUACGGCGUCGUGGCCCUGGAUCCCGCCCGCUUUGCGUACGAGGACGAUGCCCCCAUCCUACCCGCCGUCCUCAGCAUCGGCUACAAUCCCUUCUACAAGAACAAAACCAAGUCGAUCGAAAUCCACAUCAUGCCGCCGCUGUCCGCGCCCUCCCCGACCGCGACCGCCGACGGCCCGGUCACCUUCCACAAACUGCCCGACUUCUACGGCACCCCCCUCCGCCUCCUGAUCCUGGGCUACAUCCGGCCCGAGUUCGACUACGUGUCGCUGGACGCCCUGGUGGAGGACAUCCGCGUGGACUGCGAGGUGGCGCGCCGCAGCCUGCAGCGGCCGGCGUAUGCGAGCUAUCUGGCGGCGGGCCGGGCGGACGAGGAGGACGUAAGGGGACAGACGAGCUGGCUGACCGGGUUCGAGUCCUGACCGAUGACGGGCGUGGGAGGGGAUGACAUGGCUGAGACGAUGUUUGUACAUACCAGACCACCUGCCUGACGUCAGGCCGGCUUUUCGCAGCACCGAUAGAGACGAUAGAAUACAUAGCGCCAUGCGUGCAUGCAUGCAUGCAUGCAUGCAU